AUGCUUCUUGCCCUGCUAUGGCUGCCAGCUUUGCUGGUUGCCUCAACAGACCAUGCUGAGGAAGCUUGUGCGACGCAUCUUGUACAGAGGAAGGCCCAACCACGCUUUGCUGAGGCGACUUCAGCUAAGAGAAAGCUGGUGGAUGGGAAGCCAUGGGACGUCUUCGAUUUCGUUGGUGCUGUUCAUCAUAAGUCCGGUGUCAGCCUUUUGCACAAGAUUUGGAUCUACUUGUUCCAAGGUGUGCUAGGGGCACAGGACGACAACAUGGGUGAGAUCAUCACUCCCUGCUACGACGAGUGCCGAAAUACCGAGGCGCCAAUUCGGUUCAUAAUUGACACGGCGUCGCCCGAGCUUGUGGAGCGUCAGAGGGCUCGUGCCAAAGAGAAGGGAAAGGGCCUGCGAGUGGCAGGGCUCAUUCGCGACCCUGUUUCUAUGGCGGUUUCCGCCUAUUGCUACCAUGCCAGUGGUCAGGAACACUUAAAUGUGGUCUUUAUGCCUCCAGGAUGGCCAGAAGUUUCCCUCCAAACCAUGUCCCCCCAAGAGGGCAUCUCCUUUGUGGCAGAGCGAAUGCUGCAAUACGUGGUUAACAUGACCGAUUUAUUCGAGGACCCGGCCGAUGGCAUGGUCUUCCUUCAUUUCGAGACUGCAACGUCUUCUUCUGAGUCCUUUGACAAGGCUGUAAAGCAGAUAUUGGACGGUCUAGUCGGGACAUGA